AUGUCCGAUGUCGAGAUCCCCUGCCAGCAGGCCACAACAACCACACAGGAGACUGUCGAAGUGACUUACCACGUGGUCCAGGUGAACUUGCAGAUGACGGUGGAGAAUCCGGACGUCAUCACCCAGAAUACCUCCUUGGUCAACGCCAUGCGGCGUGGCAUGGCGAACUUGCUCAACGUCUCUGCGGAUGCCGUGACUGUGACCUUCGAGACGUCGCGACGCCUUGGUGGCCCGCGCCGGCUCGCCACCUCUCUGACCGCGGUCUUCUCCGUGUCCUUCACGGACGCGACGGCAGCCGAAGCGAAGCGUGUGGAAGUGGAGGCAACCACUCCAGCUGACGCAACGCAGGAGAUCGGCGCAGUGCUGACGGACGUGGGAUACCAGGGCACCGUGGAGGUCGUUGGAAAGACGGUCGCCGUGGUGGAGGAGAAGGUUCAGGUUCCUGUGACGACGGUGACGACAAGCGCUGCGGUGACGACAAGCUCCGCGGCAACGACAAGCUCCACGUCCACCUCAGAAAGCUCAUCCACAACAUCCACGACGACGGGCGCGGACGAAUCCACGAGCUCGUCAUCUUCCACGGAAGAGGUCACUCCCACUCACACGGAUGAUGCCAUGGGCCAGAGGCUUCUCUUACCCACCCUGCUGGCCAUCCUGGCAGUGUCAUCCUUGUGA